GAAUUGCAGAUGAGGCUGGUGCGAAGCGAACCUGAGAAAACGUGGAGAAGGUGGAGCACCGUCCACUGUACACAGGGGUAGCUCAGCGAACGCUGGGACCAAUCGCUCGGCGCUGCACUGGCUGGCUGAAAAGGCCAGCUAAGGUAAUCCGUCUGCCAGGGCCUCGAGAUGCAGCAUUCGAACCACCCACCACCAGCUCCUGUCGGCUGAGCGUUCCGAACGGUCACACUAUCUUACGCACUCCUUCGGAUAUUUUAUUUCGUCUUCUUCUUUUCCCUGUUUGCAACCUUGGCUACGGCCCUCCAGAACAUCCCGCACGAACCGUUUCCUUCCCUUAUUUCUCUUUCUUUCUUUUCGGACCCAGCCAAGAAUCGAUCAAUUCUUUGGUACCCGGCGCAAUGUUGAAAUCAGCGCUCUCGGCCUUGUGGCUGGCCACGCUUGCUUGGGGCGCGGGCAAGACGGAUGAGGACAAUGUCAAGAGCAUAGGGCUACGGACACACAGUCUCGCCCAGCCGUAUCUGGACUCUGACAUGCAAAGUCGGUGGUACGACUUUGGUGGCGACACGAUCAUCCGUACCGACCAGUACAUCCGCCUAACCUCCGACCACCCAUCACAGACCGGAUGGCUCUUCUCCAGGGUCCCAUUGACGGCGACGAACUGGGAGAUCGAGGUGGAAUUCAAGAUCCACGGCAAGAACCAGCUGUAUGGCGACGGCUUCGCCAUGUGGCUCACCAAGGAGCGUGGGAAGGUCGGCCCCGUAUUUGGCAGCGCCGACCGUUUCGAAGGCCUGGGCAUCUUUUUCGAUACGUAUAAGAACAACCGCCCCGGCGUCGUCUUCCCCUACGUCAUGGCUAUGGUCGGCGACGGACAGAAGACGUACGACAAGGACACGGACGGCAAGGACACCGAGUUUGCCGGCUGCUCGGCUAGGGGCAUCCGCCAUGCCAACGUCCCGACUAAGUUCCGCCUGACUUACUUCCAGGACAAGCACCUCAAGCUGGAGCUGCAGUACAAGUCCGAGGGCGAGUGGUCGCUCUGCUUCGAGACCGACCAGCCGCCCGCGAUCCCGCAGGUUUCCUACCUCGGUUUCAGCGCCGAGACGGGUGAGCUGAGCGACAACCACGACAUUAUCUCGAUCGACGCCAAGAACCUAUAUCAGUCUCGGCCCGCGGCCGGCAAAUCCACCCCCGGCAGCGGCAAGGGCAAGAAGUCGGCGACUGCUAAGCAAAGCGGCAGUUGGACCUGGUUUUUUAUGAAGACCAUCUUUUUCUUCAUGGUUGUUGGUGGUGCCUAUGCUGGAUAUACGGCCUGGAGGACGAACAACAAGCGGAGCCACCGCUUCUGAGAUUGGCAUGUUUGGGCGAGGAGCGGCGCUUGAAGGAUGGGGAUUUGACGACUAUACACGGCCAGAAAACAAAACAAAAGAUACCAUAUCCAUUCACCCUUCUAGCCGGUAAGGGACGAUGUGGGUUUGUUCGUUGCAGUGUCAGACCGGUUGGGGGGCGAAUUCACUUACUCAUGUAUCAGUAACGUCUCUUGGGUCUCGGGCGGAGUUCAGCAUCUCUACAGCGGCUUCCUUUACGUUUCUGCUGAUUGAAAAGCCCCCUUUUUCGUGAUUCUUGAGUCAUCAUUACAGCAACCCACGAAGGGGUAUGCUAUGACAUUCUUGAUUAGGUAUUCGAGCUACCUAUGAGUGCUAUAGUGCCUAGGUAGGUAUGUAGGUAUGGAGGCAUGUAGGUCCUG